GGCGGGUCUGAGAGAUUCGAUCUUUACUAACCUUUAGCAAUCUUAGAAGAUAAAACUCGUGCACCAUGAUUUUGCCGCACUUAAGCGUUUUGAAUAGUAAACGUAUCGUACUCGCAUCUGGUUCGCCUCGUCGCAAAGAGCUUUUAGAUAAGUUGGGAUUGAAAUUUGAAAUCGUCCCGUCUAUAUUCGAAGAGAACUUGGACAAGGAUGAUUAUCCGAAUUGCUAUGACUAUGUGCGCCAAACAAGUAUCCACAAGGCCAAAGAGGUAUUUGCACGUCUCCUGAAACAAAGAAGUCCCGAUGCCAUGCCACAUAUUAUUAUAGCGGCCGAUACGAUAGUCGAACACAAUAGCACGAUUUUUGAGAAGCCCAGUUCGAAAGAAAAUGCACGUAGCACACUAAUGGAUCUGUCGGGAAACACGCACGCUGUUUGGACGGCUAUGACCAUCUUGGUGGUGAGCGAAGAUGGCAAAUCGGUCCAGGUCGAAAAACACGUGCUGGAGAAGACUUUAGUUACAUUUGGGAUCUUAAACGAAGAGCUAGUCCACGAAUAUGUCGAAAGCGGAGAGCCCAUGGAUAAGGCAGGUGGGUAUGGAUAUCAGGGCUUGGGGUUCCAGCUUGUCGAGAGCAUCAAUGGAUGCAACUUCAACGUUAUAGGCUUACCCGUUCAUAGUUUCUGUAAAACUAUGGUAGCACUCAUCGAAGAACUAAAUUGGAGGUAGAUCUUUCCGACUCCGUACACCGUGAAUCAUAUGCUUUAUUGCGCUACUGCGGCUAUCUCAUUUGUUAUUCAGAUACCUCUAGAAGCGCGAAAUUAGGCAGAGAGCGAAAUACCUCGUAUAGAUUCACCGUCCAUAUCACAAUAUACGACCCAUCUCAUCUAUUUCAUACAAGCAAAUAAAGGCACAAACAAGAAUC